AUGACGGCCGACUCCAGGAAACGAGACCAGCUGGACCCCGCCGUCCCGGUCACUCGCCAACAGACCACCGCCGAAAGCGACAAGAAAGACCCAGAAACCAUCUUUAAUGUUCCCGCCAAGGGAGUGCCUUUCUUCACGCCCGAGCAGAACCCUCCCUCGGGCACGGCCGUGGACCCCCAACCCUCGGGAAAACCCAUCCCCAAGGUCUUCACCCCGCUCAAGAUCCGGGGCAUCACCAUGCAGAACCGUAUAUGGGUGAGCCCCAUGUGCCAGUACAGCGCCCAUGAGGGGUUCCACACUUUGUGGCAUACCACUCAUUACGGCGGGAUGGCUCAGCGUGGACCCGGCCUCGUGAUGAUAGAAGCCACUGCUGUCCAGGCCAACGGCCGAAUCACCCCAGAGGACUCCGGCAUCUGGCUCGACGCCCACGUAGACGGCCUCAGGAAACACGUCGAAUUCGCCCACAGCCAAAACGGCCUCAUUGCCAUCCAGCUCGCCCACGCCGGUCGCAAGGCCUCCACCGUCGCCCCCUGGAUGGGCUGGGCGUCGACCGCCACCAAGGAAGCCGGCGGCUGGCCCGACAACGUCUACGGACCUUCGGAUAUCCGCUUCUCCGAGGGGUUCCCGACGCCCCGCGCCAUGACGAUUGCGGAGAUCGAGCAACUCAAGGAGGAUUUCGUCCUGGGUGCUAAGCGUGCCAUCGCUGCUGGGUUUGAUGUCAUUGAGCUGCAUUUCGCUCACGGGUAUCUCGUUUCUAGCUUCCUUUCGCCAGCAAGUAACAAGCGAACGGACAAGUACGGAGGUAGCUUCGAGAACCGCUCCCGUCUAGCCCUCGAGCUUGUUGAGGCCGUCCGAGCCGUGAUGCCCGACGAUAUGCCUCUUUUCGUCCGCAUCAGCGCUACCGAGUGGCUUGACACGAACCCCCAGUACGAGGGUGAGAGCUGGACCCUCGACCAGAGCAUCGAACUAGCCAAGUUGUUCGCCGAGCGCGGAGUCGACGUUCUUGACGUCUCCACUGGUGGAAACAGCGCUCUGCAAAAGGUCAAGGGCGGUCCCGGCUACCAGGCCCCCUUCGCCAAGGCCAUCAAGAAAGCAGUCGGCGACAAGAUGCUCGUCAGCACUGUUGGCAACAUCGCCACAGGUACCUUGGCCGAGGAGUUGAUUGUCGGAGGCAAGGAUGAGAACGACACGCCCGUCGACCUCGUCGGUUCCGGUCGUAUGUUCCAGAAGAACCCUGGUCUUGUUUGGCAGUGGGCCGACGAGCUCCAGACUUCCGUGCAGCUGGCGCAUCAGAUUGGUUGGGGCUUCGUUGGAAGGGGUGGAAAGACGGUGACGCUGAGGACGAAUAUCCCGUAG